CAGCAGGCCGAGCAGGAAAAGCCAAACUCCGACAACAGCAGACGAAAUGAAACUGACUCACGGAGCCUCUGAGCUCCUAUGAUACGAUCCCUCCUGAGAUCCGCUCACAGCAUUUCUAAUGGAGCCCACCAACUUACAGAAAGCCAUAGCGAUAGCUAACAAAGCUUCACAAGAGGAUCAAGCCGGAAAUUAUGAGGAGGCCAUCAAAUCAUAUCAACAUGCAGUCAAGUAUUUUCUGCAUAUAAUAAAGCGUGAGCCGCAGGGAAAAGAAGGCAAUCAGAAGAUCAGAGACAAGUGUGUCCAGUACCUGGACCGGGCCGAGGAGCUUCAGGAUUAUCUGGAUAAAAAACAGAAAGCUAUAGAUCUUGCCAGUAAGGCGGCUCAGGAGGACAAGGCCCAGAAUUAUGAGGAGGCCCUGCGACUCUAUCAGCACGCAGUCCAGUACUUCCUACACGUGGUCAAAUAUGAAGCUCAGGGGGACAAAGCCAAACAGAGCAUCAGAGCCAAAUGUGCGGAGUACCUGGACCGGGCGGAGAAGCUGAAGGAGUACCUGAAGAAGAAAGAGAAAGCCCCCGCUAAACCCGUGAAGGAGUCCCAGUCCGAUGAGAAAGGUAAUGACAGUGAUGAAGGAGAAGACCCAGAGAAGAAGAAGUUCCAGAACCAGCUCUCAGGGGCCAUCGUCAUAGAGAAGCCUAACAUUCAGUGGAACGAUGUGGCGGGACUAGAGGGAGCCAAAGAGGCUCUGAAGGAAGCUGUUAUCUUACCCAUCAAAUUCCCACACCUUUUCACAGGUAAAAGGACUCCAUGGAGGGGGAUUCUGCUCUUCGGACCUCCAGGCACAGGAAAGUCUUACCUGGCCAAAGCCGUGGCCACCGAGGCCAACAACUCCACCUUCUUCUCCAUCUCCUCCUCAGACCUGGUGUCCAAGUGGCUGGGAGAAAGUGAGAAGCUGGUGAAGAACUUGUUCACUCUGGCCAGAGAACACAGCCCCUCCAUCAUCUUCAUCGACGAGAUCGACUCCCUGUGCGGCUCCCGGAGCGAGAACGAGAGCGAGGCGGCCCGCAGGAUCAAAACGGAGUUCCUCGUCCAGAUGCAGGGUGUUGGUAAUGAUAACAAGGGAAUUCUGGUGCUGGGAGCCACAAACAUCCCCUGGACACUGGACUCUGCCAUCAGGAGACGAUUCGAGAAGCGUAUCUACAUCCCUCUUCCGGAGGAGCACGCUCGUUCCUCCAUGUUUAAGCUGCACCUGGGCACCACUCCAAACAGCCUCACCGAGGCGGACUUCGUCACUCUGGGGAAGAAGACAGACGGCUACUCAGGAGCUGAUAUCAGCAUCAUAGUGAGAGACGCGCUGAUGCAGCCGGUCAGGAAGGUCCAGUCCGCCACUCACUUCAAACGGGUACGUGGGCCCUCAAGAGACGAUCCAAACCUCGUUGUGGACGACUAUCUGACCCCUUGUUCUCCAGGUGAUCCAAACGCCGUAGAGAUGACAUGGAUGGAAGUUCCUGGAGAAAAGCUGCUGGAGCCUGUGGUUUGCAUGUCGGACAUGCUGAGAUCGCUGACCAACACGAAGCCCACCGUCAACGAGCAGGACCUGGAAAAGUUGAAGAAGUUCACCGAGGACUUCGGCCAGGAGGGCUGAGAGGGAAGCCUCUCUUCCUGAAACCAAAGCAAACACAUCUUGAUUGUAAAGUCUACUUCCUUCCUUCUCUUCAGUUUCUUCUCCUCCUGGACUUCUCCCUUUGACCGGCGGCUCAGCAGACGGCACAGUCGGGCUAGUCUGGACGCUACGUGGGGACCUGUUGUCUCUUGAUUCAUAUACUAGCCUUGUUUAGUUUCCUUUUGUUUCCUUUUGUUUUGUUUUGUUUGUUUAUGGCUACCAUCAGCACAGGCCGAGGCUGCGUGUCCACUGCGUGUCUUUUCAGCAGGAUCUCUCAUCGUAACUGUCCGUGUCUGCACGGCUCGCUUUGAAUUCAUCCGCAUUCUGUAUGUGUUUUGUUUUUUUUCCUCACGAACGCCUUUGUUCAGUGGUACAUGGCACUAAUAUGAAGUUAUUCUCAUACAUAUUUCCGCUUGUUUGAAAGCGAAAGCCUUACCUUGAUUCUGUUGGAUGCAGUGGGCAGUGUCAGAAUGAAGCCUUCAAACUGGUCAAGUGCUGAUACUGAUUUAUAGAGUACGUCUGAAUGGACUCGACAACCGAAGCUAAGGUAAAUAACCCAGGAGAGAAAGACGUUUACAUGUUUUUCCACUGAAAAGGGUUUGAAGAUCUUGCUAUGAAGAUCACUAUAACAAUGCCUUGAGACUUCCCAUCCCCUCUAUGAUUGGUGGAGGGCUGAUGUUUUGUAGCUCUUUCAGACCAGAUAUAUCAACAAUACCUUUCCUUUGAGCUGUUUAUCUCGCUCCGUUGGUCCACAUUAAGAAUCACUAAGAGGCAUUUAGGGGGCCAAGCACUCAAAUGUGCUUAGCUCAUCAUAUUUAAUACUCUCAGUUUCAACAAAAUUGCAAUUCUUCUUGCCAGCAACUGUGAUAUAGCAACCUUUCUUUAUAUGCGCGAGUGUAACUACAUGUUCUACAGACUUACAGGGCUGCCUCGUGGCAAAAUAGUGAGUACCAGAAUAAAAAGAUGCAGAUUUAAGGUACAUGUGACAUAUCUGAACAUGCCUUCUCCUGGUCACCUCACCCUUUUGCUGCGGCUAAGCAAACCAUGUGCCUUCAACGCAUAUAUCUAUUGUCUUUGUUCAGUUCCAGAAGGUCUACGUAUGUGAAUAGGUCUACAUUGUUCCGUAGUCAGAACAUUUGGGAGACGGUUGUCUAUUAUUUGCACAUUUCAUUUAAAAUAAAUAAAUAAUAAAAAAAAUCAUACUCUAUCAGAUUGUAUACACGCCUGUACUCCUAUGCACAUAUGGUGUUGGUUUUUCCUUAAAAAUAUUAUUAAAAUAGAGAGAAUAUGGCUUUUAAAAUGUGCUAUUACUAUGUACUUUUACAUAAUUGUGUACCCGUCUUCAGUUGGAAGCUCUUCAAAGAUCUGUCUGCUUCGGAGCUCAUGAGUUUUUUUUGGUGUUGCUUGUUUCUUUUAUUACAUACCUGUAAAUAAAGGCUGAGAUUGCAAAGAAAA